ACCAAGCUGCUAGAAGCUGCUGUUCCUUCUCGCGCAUUGUUUUCUACCUUGUGCCAAAACCUGUCAACCGAUAGACGAAAUAAGACAGGGCUGCAUUUGCAUAUAUCCUUAUGCCUGCCUAUCCAUCAUUUUCUUUCCCAUUCGCAUCUCUUUCGCUUCCAUGCUCUACUGAUGCUGAUGUGAGUGUUGGGUUUGCUUCUUUUUAGUACAUCUUCAUCACUCAUUCCCGCCUCUUCGAAUUGGCUCUGAGAAACAGCAUUUUCAAAUAGAUUUUUGGUUGAUUGCGAAACAUUCUGCCAAAGCGGUUUGUUCUUCGGCUAAUUUAGUGUAGACAAACAGCAUUUGGUUCUUCUGCAGAGUAAAUGGCAGAUCAAAGAGGAUCGAGGAUCCUUAAACGAUCCAGCACUGUGUCAAUAAUUACACUAAUUAAUUCCGCUUCAACAACCUCUCAUUGCCUUGUUCACAGAUAGGCUACUAAUACCAAUUUAGAUUUGAGAAAAAUCAAAACAGAUAUUCUGAAUGCAAGACAUUUAGUACGAAUAAAAGAACAAGGACCGAUCAUAGCCUAUCUAUUAAUUCCAAGUUAGCAACGAAACCUGCCUGUGAAGCCUAUUCCUGGAAAAACGCCUAGGAAAGCAGAGCGACGUAUCCAAAAUCCAGCGCAUCAGCGUAGCCUACGGAGCACCAUUGAUAGUGUUCUUUGGAAGUGACAGGCUAGUGUUUUGCCGUGCCACAUUGUAUACGGAGAAGGAGUCGGAGAAGGAGUCGGAGAAGGAGUCGGAGAAGGAGUCGGAGAAGGAUAGGAGGCAGAUGAUAUUGGGCAGCAAAUCCAUUUAGGAGAGGGAAGGGUGAUGAUCUGUUAAGCCCACCAGUUUCUUGCUCACUGCUGACAGCAGCACUCAGGGGUGUCUGUUAAGACGUUGGAUGUGAAGUGGGCUGAUCUCUGGAGCCAGCUGACUCGAAUGUCCGGACGCCGGCAUGUUACACACCCGCAUUCUGAGCCUUGUCCACCCCUUCACCGCCUCCUGCCUCUCCACGUCCCUCUUCCUCCUCUUCCUCCUGGAGCUCACCCACCUCUCCCAGGCUGGCUCAGACCAAGCAGCACCCAGCAACCCUCCCAGCAACUGCUCUGAUGGAGACCCCUGCUCUGAGGGCGUGGUCCUGCCCAUGUGGAACCCUCAGAACCCGUCAGUGGGCGACAAGGUGGCGCGGGCCAUCGUCUACUUUGUGGCUCUCAUCUACAUGUUCUUGGGCAUGUCCAUUAUCGCUGACCGCUUCAUGUCUUCUAUUGAGGUCAUCACCUCUCAGGAGAAAGAGAUCACCAUCAAGAAGCCCAACGGAGAGACCACCACAGCCACCGUACGCAUCUGGAACGAGACAGUAUCCAACCUGACCCUGAUGGCCCUAGGCUCAUCUGCCCCAGAGAUCCUACUGUCUGUCAUCGAGGUGUGUGGCCACUCGUUUGAGGCAGGCUCCCUGGGCCCCAGCACCAUUGUGGGUAGCGCGGCCUUCAACAUGUUCGUCAUCAUCGCCCUCUGUGUGUACGUGGUGCCAGAGAACGAGACACGCAGGAUCAAGCACCUGAGGGUAUUCUUUGUCACGGCAACCUGGAGCAUCUUCGCCUACAUCUGGCUCUACCUGAUCCUGGCAGUCAUCUCCCCGGGGGAGGUGGAGGUGUGGGAGGCCGUGCUCACAUUCAUGUUCUUCCCCAUUUGUGUGGUUCAGGCCUGGGUCGCAGACCGACGCCUGCUCUUCUACAAGUACAUCCACAAGCGUUACCGUGUCGACAAGGCCCGCGGCAUCAUCAUCGAGACGGAGGGAGACGGCAUGUUCACCAAGAUGGACAUGGAGAUGGAUGGCCAGGGGGGCAACUCCCACCCCCACCCCAAGGAGGUGCUGGACGGCAUGCUGGAGGGGGUGGAGGAGGGCGGGGGGAUGGGCUCAGAGGAGGAUGAAGCUCGGAGGGACAUGGCCCGUACUCUGAAGGAGCUGAAACAGAGGCACCCAGACAAGGACACGGAGCAGCUGAUUGAGAUGGCCAACUACCAGGUUCUGGUCCAGCAGCAGAAGAGCAGGGCCUUCUACCGCAUCCAGGCCACACGCAUGAUGAUCGGUGCUGGGAACAUCCUGAAGAAGCAUGCUGCCGACCAGGCCAGGAAGGUGGUGAGCUGCCAUGAGGCCAGUGGACAGGAGGAGGAUCCCCACACGAUUUACCUGCAGUUUGAACCCUCCCACUACCAGUGCUUCGAGAACUGUGGCUCGCUCAAACUGUCUGUUGGGCGCCAUGGGGGUGAAAGCGGCUGCACAGUCAAGGUGGACUACCGGACCGAGGACGGCACAGCCAAUGCCGGCUCAGACUAUGAGUUUGCCGAGGGCACGCUGGUCUUCAAACCCGGUGAGACGCUGAAGGAGCUGACCGUGGGGGUUAUUGAUGACGACAUCUUUGAAGAGGAUGAGCACUUCUACGUGCACCUCAGCAACCCUCGCAUUGUGCACCGUGCCGAGGUGGCUAUCCUGGAGCCCAGCACCAUCACCACCACCAGCAGCAUGCGCAACCUCUCCCCCCACUUGUCCCCCAAAGCCGCCCUCGGCAAUGCCCACACCGCCACGGUAACCAUCUAUGACGAUGACCACGCAGGCAUCUUCACGUUUGAAGUAGAUUCGAUGAGGGUGAGUGAGAGCGUGGGCAUCAUGCAGGUGAAGGUGCACCGGAUGUCUGGGGCCAGGGGUAAAGUGGCCAUCCCUUACCACACCCUGGAGGGCACCGCCAAAGCUGAGGAGGACUACGAGGAGGUGGCCGGGAAACUGGAGUUCCAGAACGACGAGACCAUGAAGCUGUUGGAGGUGAAGGUCAUUGAUGACGAGGAGUAUGAGAAGAACAAGACCUUCAUCAUCCAGCUGGGGGAGCCUGUGCUGCUGGAGAUUGGACGGAAACAUGGAGACUCCAAUGAGAACAAACCAGCCAACGAUGAGGAGGAGAUGUCCAAGAUGGGCUGUCCCAGCCUGGGAGAACACACCAAGCUGGAGGUGGUGAUAGAGGAAUCGUACGAGUUUAAGAACACAGUAGAUAAGCUGAUUAAGAAGACUAACCUUGCUCUGGUGGUGGGCAGCAGUAGUUGGAGAGAGCAGUUUGUCAAUGCUGUCACUGUCAGUGCAGGGGAUGAUGAUGAGGAGGAGAGUGGGGAGGAGCGCCUCCCGUCCUGUUUUGACUACAUCAUGCACUUCCUCACAGUGUUCUGGAAGGUUCUGUUCGCCUUUGUCCCGCCCACAGAGUACUGGAAUGGCUGGGCCUGCUUUUUUGUGUCCAUCUCCCUGAUUGGUGUUCUGACGGCUGUGACCGGGGACCUGGCCUCUCAUUUCGGCUGCACAGUGGGGCUUAAGGACUCUGUCACUGCCGUAGUAUUUGUGGCCCUGGGGACUUCCGUUCCAGACACAUUUGCCAGUAAAGUGGCGGCCAUCCAGGACCAGUACGCUGACGCCUCCAUCGGCAACGUAACGGGCAGUAAUGCAGUGAACGUGUUCCUGGGCAUCGGCGUGGCAUGGACCAUUGCGGCCGUCUACUGGAAGACCAAGGGCAAGAAGUUUCUUGUAGAGCCUGGUUCGCUGGCAUUCUCCGUCACCCUGUUCACCAUCAUGGCGUUUGUGUGUGUCCUGGUGCUGAUGUACCGCCGCCGGGCCGGCGUGGCAGGGGGAGAACUGGGGGGCCCGCGGACCGCGAAACUCCUCACCUCCCUCUUCUUCUUCUCCCUCUGGUUCCUCUACAUCCUGCUGGCCUCCCUGGAGGCUUACUGCCACGUGCCAGGCUUCUGAGAGAGAGGAGAGAGCUUGUCUCCUAUUGUUUACAUGUCUAUCCCUCUCCUUUUUGUGUACUUUUCUGAGUGUUUUAAGGUAUUUAUAUUGUUUAUUAUUAUUGCUACUGUGGAUGCUUGACUCUGAAGACUUUUACCCCAUUAACAAUGGCAUGGAUGGCAGCCUUAGCCAUUCUGUUGGAAGCGUACUGGCACCAGUUAAUGACUUGGUGUAUGUUUUGAGAUGACUUAUGCCUUGAGGCAUAGCUUUAUCUAAAUAGGCUGUCUGCACAAAACGAGGGAAAUGAAAUGACCUUUGACUCUUCUGAGAAUGCUCCUAUUUUGUUUAUAGUCUAUCCUGAACACUUAGCUCUUUUAGCCCCACUGAUCGUCUCCUGCAUCUCUCCAUUCAGAUAGAGGAUGACCCUAAUCAAUCAGUCAAUUUCUUGGAGAUGAUAGCACACUGACUCAGAAGAGCUGACCCAGAUCCUCCUUCUCCCCAUGUGUGAACAUGGUUCCUGGUUGACCAACUAUGUAACCCCUGAAGCCCCACAAGCACUGUCAUUCCCAUGAAGGUUCUCAGCCUCUGCCCUGAACAUUGACUACUACCCUCAGCCCAUCCUAACCCUCUUCUUUUUCAACAACGUUGUGCGCUUGUGUUGUGGACAUUUUCAAAAUCGAUUUUCGUUUUUGAAAAGUCAAGAUAGUCAAGAUGUUUGAACAAUGUAAGCGUUUGUAGAUAAAACAGUGCCAUAUUCUCUUUGAACAGGGUCUAAAAAUAACUUGUGAUAGGAGUUAAUGGGAUAACUACAGUUGGCACAGUACUGCAUUAGAAUUAGUAACCACUGAGGCCAAAACAUAAUGUCAGAUGUUAUUCAGGAAAUGGUGAUCAGUUGAAAAGCUGUUGUGUUUGUUAAUAAGAUUAAUAUUAAUAUUUAUCUCAAACUAUUUGUUGUAUAUCAUGUCAAAGAAUAAUAUUACUACUAGGUGUGUACAUGUGAGAGCGUGAAUGUGUUUUGUUGUAUUGAGUGAAGAAUAAUUGUAUGAUAGAAACAUUUUGAAGUAUUGUAUGUAACGUUUUAAUACGGCUAUCCUCAUGAGUGAAAGUCUAGAUGUGAAUCCAAGCUGAACACAGUAACAUGUGAAUAUAUCACUGCCUGGUUCCCUGAUCCACACUCUGUCUGAGGACAACCUCAGUCUCAUAAGGACUUCUUCCAAGAUAUUUUUUAUACAGGACACUAAUCUACGUGAGACAAUCUCUGCCAGAGAUUUCCAGCUUAUUUAAAGUGUGCUUUACAAUUUUAAUUUGAGACGAUGUACUGUAGAAGCACAUUUUUUCCAAGGGUUUUGUAUGAGUGUGUGAGCGUGUGGAUGUGAAUCAUAAUUCAAUGUAUAUGUACUCCUUGUCUUCAGAGUUUGAUGAAAGGCAUUGCUUUAUUCCAUCCUAAAUGUUUACUCAACAUGGGGGUAUGGAUUUUAAUGAUGAAAUGUCUACACUUCUGAGUCCUCACAAAUCUUUUUGCAUUAUUCUCUGUCACAUUCAGGCUUUGAACAUAUUUCAUCUACAUGACUAUGUCAAAGCACUGCAUAGAGGAGAAAAAAAGGUUUUAAAACCUGACGGUUAGUUUAUUUCCUAAACAUAGCACAUACUGUGUACAGUUUUUGAAAUGGCAACAAAUAAACAAAACUAUGAUGAUACUGUAAUGAAAAAAAGACAAAAACCAAAUGAUUGCCAAACCUUACUAUAAUUUGCAUAAGGAUAGUGUGUAGACUUUGUUUUUGAAAUUUAGGAUCCUCAGAUCCAUUGUUAUUAUUUCUAGAUGUAUUUAUAAUUAUAUGAUCAUUGCUGCUUUUAUUUGGAUUAAUAUGCACGCUUAAUGUAUGAUCAGUGGAAAUAAAAGUUGUUUAUUUA